AAUUGCGCUGGAAAAAUACUGCUUAGUUUGAUGCUCAGGGCUCAAGUCAUUCUCUUCUCUUUCCCAUCUCUUUGUCUUCCCAGGAAGGCACUGAUUUACUUUUGUAAAAUGCACUCCAGAUAUGAGAAGUCCACUCUUGCAUGUGGCAGCGAAAGGGAGGAAUAUCAAUGGGUUUUGAGUGGCGUGAUCUCAUCGAAGUCCUUGCAGCUAGUGCAGCGUGUCCCAGCUGAGGAUCUGCCUCAUAAAGAGUUACUCAUCUUGAAAGUACUCUUCGAACAUCAGCUGAUCAAUUUUCAGAGUCCCUCUGUAAAAAAGGCAGCUGAGAGGUCACGGAGUUGAUGCCGAGCUGCUGGCAAUCAGGAGCUGCCCGGACCACAAUGCCCUACCCUGCCCCUGGCCUUGGCAAGUUGUGAGCUGCUCAUGUCCAUAAGGAGGAAGGAUGGCUCAUGGAAUUCCUUCACAAGGCAAAGUUACCAUAACGGUGGAUGAGUACAGCUCCAACCCAACGCAGGCGUUUACACACUACAACAUCAAUCAGAGCCGGUUCCAGCCUCCACACGUGCAUAUGGUCGACCCUAUCCCAUAUGACACUCCAAAACCAGCGGGCCACACGCGCUUUGUCUGCGUCUCAGACACGCACUCCAGAACAGAUGGCAUCCAGAUGCCUUAUGGGGACAUCCUUCUUCACACGGGCGAUUUCACCGAGCUGGGACUGCCCUCAGAGGUCAAGAAGUUUAAUGACUGGUUAGGAAACCUACCAUAUGAAUAUAAAAUAGUGAUUGCUGGGAAUCAUGAACUGACAUUUGAUAAGGAAUUCAUGGCAGACCUUGUUAAACAAGAUUACUACCGCUUUCCCUCUGUGUCCAAAUUGAAACCAGAGGACUUUGACAAUGUUCAGUCACUCCUGACAAAUAGUAUUUACUUACAAGAUUCAGAGGUAACAGUUAAAGGAUUCCGAAUAUAUGGUGCCCCGUGGACACCAUGGUUUAAUGGAUGGGGCUUUAAUCUACCCAGAGGUCAGUCUUUGCUAGACAAGUGGAACCUUAUUCCUGAGGGAAUUGAUAUACUAAUGACACAUGGACCUCCCCUUGGUUUUAGAGACUGGGUUCCAAAGGAGCUGCAGAGAGUGGGCUGUGUGGAGCUGCUGAACACAGUGCAGAGGCGAGUCAGGCCCAAACUCCAUGUCUUUGGUGGGAUUCAUGAAGGUUAUGGCAUCAUGACAGACGGCUACACCACCUACAUCAACGCCUCCACGUGUACAGUCAGCUUCCAGCCCACCAACCCUCCCAUCAUCUUCGACCUUCCAACCCCUCAAGGAUCCUGAAGCACUACUGGGGAAGGUCUAUAAACUGCCAUUUUCUAAUUAUGAAACUUACAUUCAGUUACAUGUUUAUUUCAA